CAACAAUUGAUUAUGAGUCGUGUCGCCAAGCUAACUCAUUUUACCCCCGCAUUCAAAUCAACCCACCAUCAUUCGUCGUCCGCCACGAGACCUCGGCGGACUUCAUUCUAUGCGUCGAGAUAACGCUAUGUCCUGCCUGUCGGUGGAUUUAUAGACUCGUCUCCCGACAAUUGUUGGAACGAAAAAUCCAGACAGCCAUUCUCAUCCCUUUAUUCCUCACCACUUCAAGUCACAAACAACAUCGCCAUUAUGGCUACCGUCCCUGUGGAUGAAUCCCUCAAGCGGUCACCCUCGUCUCAUGCUGAGGGUACCAGCACUGCCUAUCAGAGGAUGCCCGAAGCCCUCUUGCACCUCAGCGAAGAAGAGAUCGCUGCAAUGAAUAAGAAAUUAGUCCGCAAGAUCGACUCCAUCAUCCUGCCCAUCAUCGGAAUAUUGUACAUUCUCAACUAUAUCGAUCGGCAGAACCUGGCCGCGGCCAAACUCCAUGGCAUCACCGACGAUCUCAACAUGACAACAGAAGAAUUCGCUACUGCGAUAUCAAUCCUCUUUGUCGGUUACCUACCAUUCCAAAUCCCAAGCAAUCUCAUCAUCGCAAGGAUUCCUCGACCGGGUAUGUAUAUUUGUGUUGCUGUGGUGAUCUGGGGGACAAUCUCAGCUUGCACUGCUCUGGUUACCAACUAUGGUCAACUUCUCGCUGUCAGAGCCAUUCUCGGUGUUGCCGAGGCCGUCUUCUUUCCCGGUGCCAUAUACUACCUCUCCGCAUGGUAUACAAAGACCGAACUCGGAAAACGAAUUGCCAGUCUCUACAUUGCCCAACAGGUCGGCAACGCGUUCGGCGGCCUUUUUGCCGCAGCUAUCUUUCAGCUCGACGGUCGACACGGAAUCAAGGGUUGGCAGUGGCUCUUCAUCAUUGAGGGUUCUGCCACAGUUGGAAUCGGUGUCGUUUGCGCCUUUUUCAUGCCCGAGUUCCCCUACAACAGUCGCAUCCUUUCCCAAGCCGAACGAGACCUUGCCGUGUGGCGUAUCGAGUCUACAACUGGCGCAGCUGAGGGCUCCGAGAAGGAAAGCACUCUCAAGAGCUUCGGAAAGGCUCUGUCUGACCCCAAACUUCUGCUUCUCAUCCUGUGCAACCUGCUUUCCCAGGCACAGGGCUCGAUUGCCAACUACUUCCCGACAUUGGUUGCCUCGCUCAACUUUGGCAGCACUGUUAGCCUGCUCCUUACUGCACCACCCUACGUCCUCGCUGGGGCUGUCUACUGGGUGUUGAUGUGGUACAGCGACCGGAAGAACACAGCAUACCCCAUUAUCAUUGGAUGCAUUGCCAUUGCCAUUGGCAUGUAUGUCAUUCCCAUGUCUACACUCAACGUCCCUGCGCGCUACUUCUCCAUGAUGAUUCUUCCUUUUGCGUCUGUCGGCCCUCAACUUGUGCUUUACAAGACUAUCAACCUUCAUCUCGCACGUCCUGUCUCGAAGCGUGCCGCAGCAUCUGCUCUGGUCAAUGCUAUUGGUGGCACCUCCAACAUCUGGGCUUCAUACUUGUACUAUGCUCCCCCUCACUUCUAUGCAGCAUUCGGCACUCUUAUGGCUUGCGCCUUUCUCUUCGCCGGCACUAUUACUCUCUACCGCUGGCUCGUCUUGCGAGAGAAUAAACGACUGGACUCUGGCGACCCUGAGGAGAUAGCCAAGGUUAUCAAGGGUGGUGUUACUGAGGAGAUGGUUCAGCUUGGAUGGCGUUACGAAAUGUAUUGAUUGUUGUCGCGGGCGUCACGUUAUUUGUAUCAGGAUGGACUAGGUAGAUAGGUGGAUAGUGGACUGGCGAGGUGUUGAUGAUCUAGUUAUAUAUUCAUAUGCAGGCAAUGCAUUAAGGUACAGGUUCAUAAACAAUCGUGUUAUGACAUAGUUUUCGAUACGCACAACACUAGUGCAUGCAGUUAACAUUGGAUUAGUAGGCCUGCAGUGCAUAACAACAUACGGUAUAUACUUUAGGCAGCUAACAGAAUGGAGCUUAGUUUGGGAGAUGUCUAGCUUGCGCUGAAAAGAUGG